UCAGCUAGAUUAAGUGUUUACUGAGAAUUGACAGUGAUAGCGGACAUCAUCAUCACUAUUCCAAUCAAUCCUCUCCACACAGACAAGCAUAAACACACUUGACUAUCGCUAAAUCAAAUUUAACACGCAUUUGAAAUGACGCUAAUUCAGUUUAUAACAGGGUUCAUUCGCUCGGUCAGCAGGUGGCGGUAUCCUCGUACACUGGGGAGUAAACUGCCAUUAAACGAACAGAAGAAGAAGAAAACAUCUGCACAUGCGCGGUACGGAUUGGGUAGACCCGAUUUGUACGGUCGGACUGUGCACAUGCGCAGUAAGGAUCGGGGAGUCCUGAUCCGUAACUAUCUUUUUAUUUUUCGUUUUUGUCUACAUUGUACUGAAAUGCUUCAUUAUUGCAAACAUUUGAAGAUAUACUUAUUAUUCUUAACAUCUUAACAGAUACUCUGACCCGUAACUAUCGUAAAACGCUUCGACCGGAAGUAGACACCUUUCGCGCAUGCGGGGUACCGAUCGGGUUUCCGGUACAGAUCGGGUAGUGACAGCGUCGCUGCUGUAAACACCCCCACAAUGGAAAAACACUGGUACAGUGGCCAUGGGUGCUGACACCCUGACCCCCAUCUCCUUUUAAGGUAAGCAGGUGACUGAUCUUCAGUUCCAGCAGUAGAUUUGAUCAUCCAUGGAGGAAAUCACUUUCCAUCAUGACACUGUGCUGUCAGAUGUUCACAUGCUCCGUCCCGGUGGACGCCACCUUAUGACACACCUCAACAACGUUGGGCAACCUGUCUUCAUGUCCAGGUUGGUGAUCCUGGCAGAAAGAUGUGAUAGUCACGAGCCAGGGAGUGACUUAAAACAGGAAAGUGCAACCAGCCAAACAGUCAAACAAGCCACUGAAGAACCAGAUGGAGAGGACAGAAAAGUAGAGUCACUCUUGGAUGUCGAUGGAGAUCUUGACAUAAUACAUCGACCUCGGCCAAACCUUACAGAGGGCAGCAGUCGGGACUGGACUCGUCCAGUAGUUCUCAAACAGUCUAAUGAUGUAAUGGAACAAGAAGACGAGGGUCACUGGUUAAAAGAUGUUAUAAGGAUUGAGCACACGAUGGCCACACCCAUGGAGGAUGUUGGCAAACAGGUGUGGCGUGGGGCAUUAUUCAUGGUGGACUUCAUCCUCUCUAACCCAGUCAUGUUCAGAGGAGCUACAGUCCUAGAACUAGGAGCAGGGACAGGCUUAACCAGCAUCAUCAUGGCAACCAUAGCUAAAACAGUCUACUGCACAGAUGUGGGAGAAGACCUUCUACAGAUGUGUAAAAGAAAUAUAGCGUUAAAUAAACACAUGCUGAAGUCUGCAGAUCACGAGGUGAAAGUAAGACAGUUGGACUGGCUUCAGGAUGACCUUUGCACAGAUGUUGCUGUGGAGUUUAGUUGGACAAAGGAGGAGGUAGCAGAUCUGAAUAACACUAGCAUCAUAAUUGCUGCUGAUGUUUGUUAUGAUGAUGAUCUGACGGAUGGCCUGUUCCGAACACUGUACCGACUCUGCAACAACUUUCCACACACCUGCACUAUCUUCAUCUCCAUUGAGAAAAGGAUGAACUUCACCCUGCAACACAUGGAUGUUUCCUGCGAAGCCUAUGAUCAUUUCGUCCACUGUAUGAACCAACUUCAGGACCUGGAGAACGGACAGUGUAGUUUCAGAGUGGAACAGCUCCCUUCUAACUUUGAUCAGUUUAUUUUAUAUGAACGUGUAGAACAACUGGAGCUGUGGAAGGUGACUGCGACUCCUCUUCCUUUUAAGCAAGCCAGAUCUGAUCCGGAAGAAUUUUAAUGUUGAUCUUGUACCAGCACCAAACCAAAGUGAAGAGAAACCCAAAAUUUGACCUAAAAUAUGUUUCAAGUUUACAGUUGACGUUUUAAUUACAUAUAUUUAUACAAAAAAUAAAAUGUAGUAAUCAAGAUAAAUAUUGAAAAUUACAAAAGUAAAAAAUAUUACUUUAUUUAAAUUUUGCAUUUCCUUGUGUAACUUUUUAUCCUUUUCGUCCUCAUGUCAGUGGUUGUCAGUGUCUGGUUGGAGGAGCUUGGGAAGUGGAAGGAAGUGCUAACUGAGAAGUGGUGGGUCAGUUUUAGAGCCAAUUCAAUAGUCUUUGACCAAGAGACCAAACCGCAACGUUCAGUCAUAGAUCUUUAAAAGUCACCUUUAAAAUGCUGGGUUUGGUCUCUGGUUAGGGUUAACUUAUGGAUAUUGUAUAUGGGGUUUUUUUGUGCUGAUUAGCAAAAACUGGCAAUCUUGUCUAGUAGGAUUCAUAAACUUUACGGAUGCAACAAACAGGCACACAUAAGUGCUAAUUAGUCCUAGGUGAAACACUAGAAUUUCACUCACGAAAACUAAAGCACAAAUGUCUUAAAUGAAUCAUAACACACUGCACGCAUUGGUGUCUGUUUGAGAAUGCCAUUAAAAAAGCACCAUCAGCACAAACAUGGUGGAGUUGUCUGUUUCAGUUCUUGAGAUGACAUUGUGAGUGCUGGUAGACAGCAGUCUGCUACAGCGAUGAUGGCAUACCUAUCAGUCAAACCAGCAAACCGUAAUACUUAUUUGUGAAUGACUUCAGAGUUUUUAUGAAGAGGAAAUUAUCUACAAGUUAUUUUUGCUCCAGACUGUAAACAUACUUUAUAAUUCUGUAAAUAUGGAAAUUCAAAUAUGGGAAUUUAUAACUAUAAAUUAUAAUCGUUUUUUGUCAGUUUAUUGGAGGUUUUUGUCAAACCUGCAGCUGAUUUUGUGAAAUGUUUUGAAGCAAUUAAUUGAAGCAUACCAAUAUUGUUUUAGCUUACUUCUGUUAGGAUUUAACAGGUAACCAUGAAUCUGGGACAUGCAUUAACAUUUUAAUAUGAAUUUGGAAGGAAUAAAAAAAAAUCAAGCAAUGUUAUACAUUUCACUAGUGGCUACGUUUUAGAAUAUAGCGGUGAGUGUGUGUGUGGUGGGGGUGCAUUGGCGUGUUUUUGUACUCGAGUAUAAUGUCUUCUUCAAGCAAAUAAGAAAUAUAACUCAUAUUAUAGAGUGAAUCAAGUUGAAAGAAUAAGCCUUAGAAAGUCAUACUCCAAGAAAACCAAACAAAAUCUGACUCGAAUCUGCGGUUUCUACGAAGCUGAGAAAUUUUUUGACGUAAAACGUCUGUCCGUAGUCUUUUGGGGAAUGUAGUUUUCUUAGUGUGAAAAUUCUUUCGAAGCAGACGCUCUGUCGUUUUUUAAUAAGACUUCAUAUCCCAGGGGUCACUGCGGGUAGCCGUCGGUUGUGGGGACGCAUUAGCUCACGCGGACAGUCUCUGGGAGUGCUGAGUCGAACAUCCUCUGUGGCGUCUGGUCAGACAGAAACCGGCUGCUGGGUUUUACUUGAGUCGGAGAUUAAACGGCACACUUGGAGUUGGGACGCUCUCCACCAUUCCCAGGGCUGACGGCGUCGUCGGGUUUCGGGAGGACGCUCGUGUGGAUCAACAACUGCGCAGCUCAAAUCUCACGGCGGUGAAAA